AUCUUAUAUAAGAACCAAUCUCAACCUUAUAUUAGUUUUGAUCUAACCGUUCAAAUUCAUCUUAAUAAUGACAUUUAAGUAAUAUUGAGGAUCUUGUACAAUCCAAAUUUUUUUCCCCUUUCAAACAAAACUAUGUUCUUUUGUUUCUCUCUCCUCACACUACUUCUCUAUCCUCACGCUACCUGCUUCUCUCUCCUCGACAGCCAAACCUUCAUCAGAUUAAUCAAAAAAAUUCUCAACUUUUGGAUAAAUUGUUGUUUAUGCAUAUUGAUGGAUUUAGAUGGUGUGCAACCUAAUUAUCCUUCUUCCUGUGUUACUCAUUCAGUUGGUGAUAUUUAUCGUACUCCAGAGGUUGUUGGAUCAUUUAGCCCUGGUGGUACCACUAAGGAAUGGAUUCCAAGUGUUCCCGAGGAGUUAAAACCCAGUUUGGGGAUGAUAUUUAAAGAUCCUGAAGGGGGUCUUAGUUUUUAUAAAGCAUAUGCAAAUGCCGCUGGGUUUACUUCUAGGAAAUCUACUACUAAAAGGAAGAAGAAUAACAAAGAUAUAAUUGCUUUUCAAUAUGGAGUUUGCAAUAAGGAAGGUUUUAGGGCAAUAAGAAAACCUAUUGCUCAACAAACAGUUUAUGAAGAAGGAAAAGUUUGUAUUACUAGGAAACGUUUAGUCACUCGUGUAGGAUGCAAUGCUCACAUAUGUAUGAGAUAUGAUGCUGGAAAGUAUGUUGUAACUCAUUUCAAAGAAGAACAUAAUCAUCCUUUAUAUACUCCAAGUUGUGCAAAAUUUCAGAAGGAUAAUAGAAAAAUGCAUAUUAUGCAUAAAAAGUUGAUUGUUGAUAAUUCAAAGGUAAAUGUUGGUCCUGUGAGGUCUUAUACUAUGAUGAAAGAAUUAGUUGGAUCACAUGAUAAUGUUGGUGCAUCUAAACAAGAUUUCAAAAAUUUUUAUAGAGAUUUGAAGGCUUUUAUUGAUGGAUCAGAUGCCCAAAUGUUUGUGGAUAAUUUUCAAAAUAAGAAAUUGCUCUGGAGUGCAUUUUUUUUUUCCUAUGAUGUUGAUGAAGAAGAUAGACUUUGUAGAGCUUUAUGGGCUGAUCCUAUCUGUCGAAAAAAUUAUGCACUUUUUGGUGAUAUGGUUUCUUUUGAUACCACAUUCAAAACAAACAGGUGAUGUUUUAAAUAUAAAUUUCUUUCAUAAUGUAAUUAAUAUUUUACUUUUACAUAUUAAUUUUUUAAACAUAUGUUCUUAUAUUCUAAAUAUCAUGCCUUGUGUUCCUAAACAAAUAUCCAUCAUGUUUUGAUGUUCUAAACAGAUAUUCUUUAUGUUCUAAACUAUGUAUGCCUUAUGUUCUAAACAUAUAUUGCUAAUGUUCUACCUUAUGCUUUAAAAUAUAUCCAUCAUGCUUUUAUGCUUUAAACAUUAUGCUUUUGUGUUUUACACUUUAUUCUUUGUGUUCUAAACUAAU